UUAAUUAUAGUCAUAGUUAUAGGCAUAAGUAAUACUCAUUUUCUACUUCAACUUAUUAUUCUAGAGUUCUAUACAGACUGCUGGAGCUGUGAAAGCCUCGGCAAUGGGGCAAAACGCCGCAAUGCAAGGGAUGGACGAUUCCUUUGUGCUUGUCAAGUAGAAGGAGGUUAAUAUUUGAGGUUAGCAAACACAUUCAUAAACCAGGUAACUAGGCCUUAUUUCCUUCUUCCUUUCAUUAGAGCACAGGUUUCAUUAUAUAGUUCUCAUUAUGAAGCUAGUCGUCGGUGGCUCAACUGGCUUUGUGGUGGGGGGGACUUAUCCGUCAAGCUCUCUUAUGUCCAGCUAUCACGUCUAUUGUUGCCCUCGGCCGGCGCGAGAGCCUAGCUCUACGGAGCUAAGGCUUGUUAUUUGCGAUAACUUCGAAAGUUACGCCGAUAGCGUCAAACGCGAGCUAGAGGAUACGGACGCUUGUAUCUGGUACACACCUAUGACCCAUGCUUUUGUUACCUUGCACGUUUCCGAGCAUCUUUUCUAUCACGUUUAGUGAGUUGAUUUCGACCAGGACCAUCGCCGUGACACCGUCUAAACUUAAGACGGUCCCUUUCGAAGACGCCUGCGGGAUCUCCCUCGACUAUGCGGUAACAGCGAUCCGGGCUCUCGCGGAUCUACGUCACAACCAAGACUGGCCGCUCCGUUUCAUCUACAUCAGCGGUCAUUUUGCCCCGCGCAGCCCGGCAGAGAUGCCGAAACAGCUCGCUGAUAAUGGUCUAACCUUAAUCAACUACGGUCUAAUGCGAGGACGUAUGGAUACGAUGCUAUUUAUCAACUUCCACUCCGCAUUCCAAUGAAGCCACUUCAUCGCGCCCCCACAGGGUGAAGCCGAGGUAUGGUGGACCAUUAGUGCAACUGUGCCAAAAUCAAUAAAAUAGGUUGGAAUUUUCCAAAAAGGAUAAUAUAGCAAAGAACGCUAAAUAUACAAUACACUAUGCGGGAUAUAUAUAAGGUAAAAUCCGGGCUAUUUUUUUUAUUAAAACUUAAAUUUAAC